AUGGAGGACAAAAGACGGCGAGCCCGCGUGCAGGGAGCCUGGGCUGGCUCAGCCAAGAGUCAGGCCGUGGCUCAGCCAGCUACCACUGCUAAGAGCCAUUUCCACCAGAGCCCUGGUCAGACCUGGACAAACAAGGAGCAUCAUCUGUCAGACAAACAGUUUGUAUUCAAAGAACCCCAGCAGGCGGUGCGCACAGCCCCGGAGCCGCGAGUGAUUGACAAAGAGGGUGUAUAUGAAAUCAGCCAUUCACCCACAGGCAUAUCUAGGGUGCAUUUGUAUCCUGGCUUUGUUGACUUGAGAGAAGCCGACUGGGUAUUGGAGCAGCUUUGUCGGGAAGUUCCCUGGGAACAGAGGACCGGCAUCAGAGAGGAUGUAACUUACCAGCAACCAAGACUCACAGCAUGGUAUGGAGAACUUCCUUACACUUACUCCAGAAUCACUAUGGAACCAAAUCCUCACUGGCACCCUGUGCUGCGCACACUUAAGAACCAAAUUGAGGAGAACACGGGCCACACCUUCAACUCCUUGCUCUGCAACCUUUACCGCAACGAGAAGGACAGUGUGGACUGGCACAGUGAUGAUGAACCCUCGCUGGGGAAGUGCCCGAUCAUCGCCUCUCUCAGUUUUGGUGCCACACGCACUUUUGAGAUGAGAAAGAAGCCCCCGCCAGAAGAGAAUGGAGACUACACAUAUGUGGAAAGAGUGAAGAUACCCUUGGAUCACGGGACUUUGCUGAUCAUGGAAGGAGCUACGCAAGCUGACUGGCAGCAUCGGGUACCCAAAGAGUACCACUCUAGAGCACAGAGAAUAAACCUGACCUUUCGGACAGUCCAUCCAGACCCGAGAGGGGCGCAACAGUGA